GUCGGCCAUUUUGAUCUCAUCAUCACGAGUGUAAAUCAGGAAGAUGAGUUUUUUAUUUGGAUCAAAUGCUGAGAUUGACAUUGCAUUAGACGGACAAGCCAGUAGAAAACAGGCUGAAAUAAAAACUGAAGAUGGUAAAAAAGAGAAAUUAUAUCUGUACUAUGAUGGCGAAUCAGUUACAGGAAAGGUUAAUAUUACAUUGAAAGGGAAAAAAAUGGAACAUCAAGGAAUCAAAAUUGAAUUUAUUGGACAAAUAGAGUUGUAUUAUGACAGAGGAAAUCAUCAUGAGUUCACGUCCUUAGUUAAAGAAUUAGCCAGGCCUGGGGAAUUAACACAAAGUACAACAUAUGAUUUUGACUUUGUUCAAGUUGAGAAACCGUACGAGUCAUAUACAGGAGCCAAUGUUAGACUUCGCUAUUUCCUGCGAGUAACAAUAGCAAAAAGAUUAACAGACGUGACAAGAGAAAUGGACAUCAUAGUGCAUACAUUAUCUCAGUACCCCGAGAUGAAUAAUAGUAUUAAAAUGGAAGUUGGUAUCGAGGAUUGUCUACACAUAGAGUUUGAAUAUAAUAAAUCCAAAUACCAUCUCAAAGACGUAAUUGUUGGCAAGAUUUAUUUUCUCUUGGUGAGAAUAAAAAUAAAACAUAUGGAAUUAGCAAUUAUUAAACGAGAAACUACCGGAUCAGGUCCAAAUACAUUUAAUGAAAAUGAAACCAUUGCAAAGUAUGAGAUCAUGGAUGGUGCACCUGUACGAGGUGAAUCUAUACCAAUCAGGUUAUUCCUAGCAGGAUAUGAUUUAACACCUACCAUGAGAGACAUAAAUAAAAAAUUCUCAGUUCGCUACUAUCUUAAUUUAGUCCUAGUUGACGAAGAAGAGAGGCGGUACUUCAAACAACAGGAAAUCACAUUGUGGCGUAAACCGGACAAGGGGAAGAAAUCAACUGGAUUUGUUUACCAUGGACCACUACAGUCAGGACCCCAACCACCAGAAACAUAGGCAGCAUUAGUCUACCCAAUGAAACAAUGAACAUUUUAGGAUAAACUAGGGAUGCUUUCACAGAUUCUUUGAAGUAACUGCGAUUUGACAAGUAUGCCCUCUAUAGCUGGAAUGCAUUUUGUAUCAAGUUAGGGAUCCUACUUCAUGGUGCAGCCUGUGAUAAGCACACCUAACUUUGCAAAUAUACAUCUGUGCAAGCAUACCUAGUUGUCUGUAAAUAAACAUCAUGACUUAACAUUUCAUCUUUUGAACUGUAUGUAUUAUAAGGCAUCAACUAAAUAAUGUUAUUUAAAAGCUAGAGAUAGCUAGUCAUAUCUAUAUUAUUGACAGUAUGUGGAGGUAUAGCAUAGGCUAUUUCUAAAUUCUCUUCUGUUGGCUCUUAUUCCUAUACCAUCUAGUAUUCUUACAGGGAUGGUUUAAAGUGGCCGAUCAUUUAUUGUAAAUAACCUACAG